CCCGGCGUGGGCCUGAGCUGGCCGGCAGCCGCCCCUGCGUGACCGCCUGUGCCGGGGUCGGCCCCCCCCGCGCCCGCAGGUGUCUGGACGGAGCAGCCGCCGCUGGGCCGGGCCGCUCCCGCUGGGCGACGGCGUCUGGGGCCGGCGGCGGGUGAGUGAGCGCGGCCGGGCCGGGCCGGAGACGCGCCCGGGGCCUGGGAGGCGCCGGGAAGAGCCGGGGGCCGGUCGCAGGGCCUGGGCAAUGCGGUUGGAUUUUUGUUGCCCUGUUCUCCCUGCCAGAAGGCAGCUCGUGGUGGGGGUGACAUCUUCCCCAGACAGGAAGCAACAGCUGGAGCAGUUCUUGAGCUAAGUUGGAGGAGAGACAAUGGCCCAGGAGACUAAUCAAACACAGGUGCCUAUGCUGUGUACCACAGGCUGUGGAUUCUACGGCAGCCCCCGGACCAAUGGGAUGUGCUCAGUUUGCUAUAAGGAGUAUCUACAGAGGCAACAGAGCAGCGGCCGGAUAAGCCCCCCAGCAAAUGGUCCCAGCAACAGCCCUGCGGCUUCAGAUUCCAUCCCAGGGCAGGGCACAGAGGGAGACCUGACGCCUGAAGAUGUGAAAACCAGCACUCAGACUCCUGUGACCCAUCAGAUGACGGCCAUGAGCAUAUCCAGAGAGGAAACCAGCAGCGAGACGGUCGGGUACAUUAGCACAGAAGAAACCUCAUCAGCAUCUUCCUCAUCAGAGACCCUCCUUGAAAUAUCCCAGAACUCUGCUGAGAGUGAGAAGACUUCAGAAAAACCCAAACCGAAAAAGAAUCGCUGUUUCACUUGCCGGAAGAAGAUCGGACUAACUGGUUUCGACUGCCGCUGCGGGAACCUGUUCUGUGCCAUCCACCGGUACUCUGACAUGCACAGCUGCCCGUAUGACUACAAGGCGGAGGCAGCUGAGAAGAUCCGCAAGGAGAACCCCAUUAUUGUGGCAGAGAAGAUCCAGAAGUUGUGAAGGAAGCUGAGCAUUGAGUACUGGAGCCUUGUGGUGUGGCACUCCUCCCACCCCCGCUCCCUUCCCCCCAAGGUGUCUGGGAUCCUGCCAGGAGGUGAGGAGACUCAGCAGCCCCCUGGGGUUCCUUUCCCCCCACUUCUUUUCCUCUAACCGUCGCUCAGUUGACCUGUUUUUAACCAGUCUUCAAGAAGAAAAGGGAUCUGCACAUACCCCGCCUGCCCCCGAUGUUAAGAGCUUUGGACUUGUCUUCCAGCAGGGCUGCGCACACAGCUCACUCAGCGUGGAGUUCAGCAGCCCUUCCGUUCUGUCGACAGCCCUGUGCUUUGCAAACGGGAGCCUGCUGUGAGUGUGGUGAGUCACUGCAGCACCUCGCUCUCCACCCGGGUGACGCAAGGAAGCUCAGCAGCAGCAAACGUCAUCUCCUCUCCCGCUGAGGCCUUUGGUCUCAGACACAGGGAAAGGAUUCUGUCCCAUUACAGCUCUGAAUUUUCUCCCUUCCCCUUAAGCAGCUGUUGGUGUCACGACAGAAUAUUAAGCAGUGGCGGUUGGUACGGCAUUAUGAGCUCGCGGACGCUGCAGCCAAAUGUGAGAGUCACACCCAUGAGCUAGGAACGUUAAGGAAAGACCCACAAAUGCCUCUUUCCCUUCCCCAGGCUUUGUGGGAUGCUGGGCUCAGCUGCGGGGGCUGCAUUCAACGCUCCAGCUAGACGCACAGCGCUAGCCUCGUGUUUCAGACUCGCCCAUGCGCGGUUGUUGGCUGCUUACUGAGCAAGGCCAAUUGUAGCCCCACCGAAGCCCACGCGCCAAUUACCCCAUUCACCCUUCCCACCCUUUACCUUCUGCCUUAUUGUGUGAUUCUCUCUUAUCAGGGUUGUGCGCAAAACUCAGACCAGCAAUCCUCCUCCUCCUCCCUUUGCUGCAGGCAUGCAAAUCUCAGAGAGCUCUGUCCUCCCUCAAGGCCUCGCUGAUAUUCAGUGAGACUCUCUCUCGAGUGGGUGGAUCUGGUGGGAAAUCCCACUGAGCCGCCAACCUCUCCCAGCUCACUGCUUGUUCUCCAGGGCGCAGUGGUAGUGGCGGAUCCUCGGCUGUUGUGAAUCAGGGCCUCUCCAUUGCCUUAUAGCAGCUGAAUAUGCCUGCUUAGGAACUUCUGCCGUUCUGAGCCAUACGGGUCCUCCCAGGUGUGGUUCCAAAGGGGCUGAGCUUGGACACCUCUGCGUCCCAGAUUGAGGUGCCAAUCCUGGAUUCGAGGAGGGAGAGGGAAUGUUGGAAAUUCACAGGAUCUGGCCCUCGAUUAGAUUUGAAAAGAGGAUUCGGGGGGGGGGGUUGUGAAAUCCACUUCUGUGCGGCGCGCCACCCCCACACCUGUGCGCCACCAAAAUCCCACUUCCGUUCCUGUGCUGAGCAGGACUCGGCAUGUAGGCGCUGGGCUGGCUCCCUGCAGAGGAGUGAAUUUCACCCGGGCCACGCAGCAGCUCUCACCCCAGGAAUCAGUCUGCCACUGCUGCUUUGAGGGCGCCCUCAGAUGGGAGCGUUAGGAGAUGGCUCGUUUCUAGCCUGUCUGCAGGACCCAACAAACUGAACGAGCCACGAAUUCCAGAAGCAAAGGAAGUGAAAUGAGCCCCCGGAGAACAAAGCAACUAAAAUGCCUCUGCCCCACUUUUAAACUAUCCCACAUGAUAAACUGUUUCCUUAAACAUCGACUUUGUAGUAAAAGUGCAAAGAGCAGUUCAAUUCCCUGGGCCAGACCUGAGCUGCUGUAAAGCAAUACUGAAAUCCACGCCGCGGCCUGGCCCAUUCACACCAGCGGGGGAUAAAGAUUUUUAAUUUUUCUACCUGGAUCCAGCCAAAUCAGUCUCUCCCCUCCUCGUCCUAGCAGCAUUCCCUGCAGAAGGUACCAAGGGGAAAGAAUUCAAGGGCUAAAUUCUGGGCUCAGUAACACUGGUGUAAAUCCAGAGUAACUACAGUGGAGAUAGAGAGCCUGAUUCGCUAGUGCCACCCUCUGCAGUCUUACACUGGUGUGACUCCAUUGAUCUGCAUGGAGCUAGUGCAUAAAACUAGAGUAACGCAUUGGUGAAUCUGUUCCGCUCUAUGCAAAUCCGGAGUAGCUCCAUUGACUUCAAUGCAGACACGCUAGUGUGAACUGGCUGGUUUGCCAUGAAGUCAGCGGUGCUUCUUGGGAUUGGUGCUCUAGGCAGGUCCAGCCGAGGAUCCAGCCUGGAGCACCAAUCCCAAGGAGCACCGCUGACUUCAUGGCAAAGUCUUGUUUUGGUUUCACUCUAGGUAUGUGCCAAGGUAACACAGCAAUUAAUCAGGGCCAGGCUGUAAACACAGAGCACCUGUGUUGUCAUCCGUGCAGAAAGCUGGAAUAUCUCUGCUGGAGUCAUUCUGGAUACACACGGAUGCUUCUGAGACCAGCAUCUGGUCUCCAGCAGUUUGGGGCCAUAUAACCAGUGUUGGGGGUUGGUUUCCUUCUGCGCCAUCCUUUUGUUAGCCUACGUGGGCUCGUUUGGUCUUGUGUUUAAUUCAAGCCAGGAGGGUGAACACUAGUGGUUUCUUCCUCCCAUCAGACGCUUGCUGGCUCCCACUUGUCUUGAGCCAAGCAGAAACCCCACUUUCUUUAUAGAGAGAGAUUUUUAUUGGUGAAAAGGGUCUGCUGCACCAUGGCUGGCUUGGUCCCCUAACCUGGCCCCUUCCAGCAUGGCCAUGGGAGCCCUGGAACCAUUCUCCAAUCACACACUUUCAGUAGCAUUCACAUUAAGCCUGGGAAUUCUUUACCGGGGGGAAGGGUGGUUCAUUGUGGACGGAAGCCCAAGCAGUGAUAAACCAGCCCUCUGUUUCUCCACCACUUCCUCUAUCUAUGUCUUCUUCCUAGAAAGUAUGAUACCAGAUAUGUAAAUAUUAAUAUAUUCUAGUUUGCUUGGA